AUGGGGCUCCGUUGGGAGCAGAGGGAGGACAGGCUGCGCCUCGUAAGUGACAGGACCCUCCUUACCUCCAUGGCGCCCGGACUAACCAACACCCAGCUGCAGCCCUACGCCAAUCCCUCGCCGCAACAACAGCUACCAUCAUUGGCGCAACCCUUUACAUUCUCGGGCCACAACGUUUUCCACUCGCCUUCCUUUGGGAUUACGCUUUGA